AUGGCUGAAACAAAGAAGAGUGGUACGACGACGACGACGACGACACGUGGCGAAGAUGCGGUGAUGGAUAGUGCAGAACCUCGUGAAUGCUGGAGUAAGAGUCAUGCCGAGGAGGCGGUGUCACUGCUCAGUCAAACACCAUCGCACUAUUAUCUACGCUUUGAAAGAAGGCUCGCUUCGUUUGAGACGUGGCCCACGCAAAUGUAUCAGACUGCUGAAGAGAUGGCCCAUGCGGGCUUUGUCUACACUCAGGGUGCCGAUGGGGUGUGCUGUUUCCAAUGUGGGGUGCGGCUGAGACAAUGGGCACCCCACGACGAUCCUUGGGCGGCACAUCACAAGUGGUCCCCAGACUGCGAUUACCUCAAGCUAACCGGGCUGGUGAAACACCAGAAGAAGCUACAACUGCACUAUCUCUGCGAAGAGAAACAGAGGUACACGAAUGACGUAGCACGGCCGGCUGCCUAG